UUUGAAAAUGGAUUUAGUCUAUUACGUAUUGCUGUUGUUUGUCCUUAUUAUCAUGGCUACAGCUAUCCCUCAGGAAACCUGGCUCUCAUCAUUCUCAGCAGCAAGAAGGAAAGGAUCUGUAUCAUACAUGAUGACAUGCCGACUCCUCUCUGUCCAGUCCGAGCCCUCUUUCAGUCUAAUGGCAGAGCCACUUGUUACCAUAGCAACGGCAGCAUUUGGUUGAGUAUGGAUGCUUGGGGUGGACGGAGUCUAGAUGAAGGCGGGAGAAGGAUCAGAACAUGGAGCUGGACAGACAAGGCUCAAACACCAACACCCCUGAGACCACUCUUUCUGUCGCUCAACAGAAAUAUAGGGGUACGAGUUCUUGGUCAACAGUUGGUGUUUGUGUCAUUCCUUGCUUCUGGACAGCAAGCCAGAUUCAGAGUAGGCAGCUGUGAGCUGUCCAAAGAACACAACAUACCUCCUCAAGUCCUCAUGUGUAAAGAGGAACUGGUACUUCUGGCAUGCAGGGUUGGCCUUCACAUGGCUCUGAUACGGUUACAGCAGUGCCAAGCCUUCCCAUCCAGUCCAACACACCUGCGGGUCAGACCUCCACCUUUCCUCCACUCGCUGGUCCGAAGGUUGAGGAGUUUAAGCCACAGAGUACAAAUGGAAGAGCCAGACAAGGCCUUUAUCCAGCACUGUCUGCAGGCCUGUCCAUGAACUGACAUGCUUGAAAAAGUAUACAAAACAUACUGGAGGAAUUUCAAUUGACUAAAGGUGCGAAUUUUUGUGGAAAAAAGUUCCGAUGUCCCUUGUCAAUAUUUUAGCAGUGUAUGAAGUACUGCUCAGACAGAAGUGACUUUCAAACACAGCAGCUUUCAGUUGCGGUCAGUGUGGCAAAUUCACGCAACCAACUACAUUCCCUAUCUGCAUAGGGAAUUCUUUCGCCCUCAUACUAACUUCCAAAACAAUCUCAUGGCGAAUCAUAAAUAUUUUAUGUUGUGGCUCAUUCAUACGUUUUCGUAUGGUCUGCCCCAGUGAGAGUUAUGUUGUAAAACAUUCACAAUGUACAAAUUCAUACAAAAUUGUCACCUCCCAAGGAAUUCACACUUCGCAGAGAGGUUGAUUGACAGAUGAUCUUGCCAAUCAUAACGCUGAAUCUGCCAGUUUGUCUGACAAACAAACCAGACAG